AAGUUGCAUUGCUCAAAACAAAUGUUCGACGUCAUAUAAGUUGUAAAUCUAUUGAAUAGUCAACCAUGUAUGUACAUCCAUAGUCACCACAUGGAAACCGUUCGUACGUUUCCGAUCACCAAAUGUAAACAUGGAGGCGUUUGUGAAACUUUUUCAACGAUCAAAAACUAUUAUUAUUGGAAUGAUUCACGUCAAGUCGCUACCAGGAACACCUCUGUAUAAAUGUGGAAUGGUUGACAUUAUAGACAAAGCCUGCACUGAAGCAGAAGUGUAUAAAAAUGCUGACAUAGAUGGGAUCAUGCUUGAGAACAUGCUUGACAUCCCAUAUUUGCAUUCUAAAGAUGUUGGUCCUGAAAUUGUGGCUAGCAUGGCUGUUGUAAUGAAUGAAGUGAAGAAAGUAUUUAAUAAGAAACCUAUUGGAAUUCAGAUUUUAGCCGGUGCUAAUGAAGCAGCUCUAGCUGUUUGUAAAGCCACAGGUGCUGACUUUAUUCGUGCUGAAGGUUUCAUAUUUUCUCAUGUUGCUGACGAAGGUUUAAUGAAUGCCUGUGCAGGUUCGUUAUUACGCUACCGUCGACAACUCGAUGCUGAUGACAUUCUUGUCUUCUCCGAUAUCAAAAAGAAACACAGCUCUCAUAGCAUUACUGAAGACAUUGACAUAGUUGAAACUGCAAAGGCUGCAGAAUUCUUCUUAAGUGAUGGAGUAAUUCUGACUGGAACAGCCACAGGUUCACCUGCAGAUCAAUCUGAACUGGAAGCUGUGAAGAAAGCUGUGAAUAUACCAGUUCUUGUUGGUUCUGGCGUCACAUGUGAAAACUUAGCGGAUUUUGUUGAAGCAAAUGCUAUAAUCGUUGGAUCCCAUUUCAAAGAUGUCGGACACUGGAAAAAUGAUUUAGAUAUUCACAGAGUUGUCUCUUUUAUGGAGAAAGCAAAGAAACUGCGAUCAGCUGGUAACUAAAUACAUUGGUUGAUUAGAUUUAAGAAACGUUGAGAAACAUGUUUAAAAAUAUUAUGUGAGAUAAUUUAGGCGCAAGCAUUGAUAUAUGAUUAAGGGGCUUGCUUCCAGACCAUGUGGUCUUGGGUUUAUGGUGGGGGAAGGACAAACACUAAGACAUACACACACAAUGCACACACACACACAUGGGAAGGGCUUCCACAGUUUCCAUACCAAAUUCACUCAUAAGGCAUUGGUCAACGUGGAUCUAUAGUAGAAGGCACUUGCCCAAAGUGCAAUGGUAUUGAACCCAAAACUACAUGGUUGCAAAGUGAAUUUCUUAACCACACAUCCAACCCUGCACCUAGAAUAUCCUCUCAAUUAAGAAAAGGAAAAAAGAAAGAAAAAACAUUGGUUUCCUGACUAAAUCAAAGAUGUCCAUUUUCUGAGCUCACAAUCAUCUCUGUUUUAUUAACCCUUUCACUGCAAAAUCAAAUUUCAUGGUUAUUCCACCAUUGAUGCUAAAUAUCUAAACAUAGAAUUGGUAUUUUCAGCAACUUUAUUUCCAUAGGAAAUGAUUUCAAACAUGACAUUCCUCAACAAAAGAUAGGUUUGUAUAUUAUAAAACUGCUUCCAACAGUUAAGGGUUGUGAAAUUUUGAAUGGAUAUUUUUGCUUUCUGCAGUAAAAGAGUUAAAUACCCUCUCUCAGAAUGUGUUCCUCAUGAUUUUCAAAGUUCUCAAAUAUAUUUUAUUAUUCAUUGUUGUAUUUCUAAUUACCUUAAAUUUAAAAUUGAUAAUAGGAAUUCAUAAUUUUAAAUUUGAUUUAAAAAAAUAGUUAUUAUCAAUACAAAAUUGAAAAUCAGUUUUUUUGGAAAUGUAUUCCAUUUAAACCUUUCGUUACCAUAUUCCUGUUGAGAUAUACUACUUUAGUUUUAAUUAAUCUUGAAAAUAAUGAAGACUUUAGUAAAAUAACUUUAUUAUUAAGCUGGUGUUUGGAAUAUAAAUUAACCUGAAAUUUUAACAUUCUUUUAAUUUCAACCACUUUAAAACUGAAAGUUUUUAUUAUAGAACCAGAGGUGGUCUCAUGUGAGUUGGUAUCAAAAGGGUUAAGUUCAAUAUUCAGUUAGUUUUCAAAAUCUUUUGGAUACCUUAAUUAACUGCCAUUUCAAUUCAUAAAAAUAUCUCAGUUUUAGUAAUUAGAAUUUUCACUUCAUGCUUUUUAAGGGGUGAUGGUGGAUAGUGAGGGGUUAGGUGAGGAAGAAAAUUUGAAUUGAAUUCCCAGUUAUUCUCCUGGUAUCAUUUUUUUUUAUAUGUAGUUUGUCCAGGAUCACUUCAUUAUUGUGUUUAUGCUGUUAUCAAUGCAUCAAAGAAAAAUGUGGCAAACUGGCAAGA